GCUCCCGCGGUCCGAGCGGCGAGCUACGACCCAGCGGCCCUGACCCCGCGGCUCCGCGGAGGGCGAGCGCGGCCGCGGACAAAGGAGCAUGUCGUUGGGAAGCACGACCGAUCCUCCGGCCGCCGGGAGGCUCGGGCCACCGCCAAGCCCGCCCCGCCCCGCCGCCGCCCGCUAGGCCGGUGCCGCCUCUCGGCCCCGCAGGCCCGGUCAGCGGCAUGGAGCCGCCGCCGCUGCUGCUGCCGCUGGCGCUGCUCGCCCUGUUGUGGGGAGGAGAGCGCGGCGCCGUGGCGCUGCCCGCGGGCUGCAAGCACGACGGUCGGGCCCGGGGUACCGGCAGGGCGGCCGGCGCCGAGGGGAAGGUGGUGUGCAGCAGCCUGGAGCUCGCUCAGGUUCUGCCUCCGGACACCCUGCCCAACCGCACGGUCACCCUGAUUUUGAGCAACAACAAGAUAUCCGAGCUGAAGAAUGGUUCAUUUUCUGGGUUAAGUCUCCUUGAAAGACUGGACCUCCGGAACAACCUUAUUAGUAGGAUAGCCCCUGGUGCCUUUUGGGGACUGUCUUCACUGAAGAGAUUGGACCUGACAAACAACCGGAUAGGUUGUCUGAAUGCAGACGUAUUUCGAGGACUCACCAAUCUGGUUCGGCUAAACCUUUCAGGGAAUCUGUUUACGUCACUGUCUCAAGGAACUUUUGAUUAUCUUGGCUCCUUGCGGUCUUUAGAGUUUCAGACUGAGUACCUUCUGUGUGACUGUAACAUACUGUGGAUGCAUCGCUGGGUAAAGGAGAGAAAUAUCACCGUGCGGGACACCAGGUGUGUUUAUCCUAAGUCACUGCAGGCCCAGCCAGUCACGGGGGUGAAGCAGGAGCUCUUGACUUGCGAUCCUCCCCUUGAACUGCCAUCUUUCUACAUGACUCCGUCGCACCGCCAGGUUGUGUUUGAAGGAGACAGCCUUCCCUUCCAGUGCAUGGCUUCCUAUAUAGACCAGGACAUGCAGGUGCUGUGGUAUCAGGAUGGGCGCAUUGUUGAGACCGAUGAGUCUCAAGGGAUCUUUGUGGAGAAAAGCAUGAUUCACAACUGCUCCUUGAUUGCGAGUGCCCUAACUAUUUCUAAUAUUCAAGCUGGAUCUACUGGAAAUUGGGGCUGUCAUGUUCAGACCAAACGUGGGAAUAAUACAAGAACUGUUGAUAUUGUGGUAUUAGAAAGCUCUGCUCAAUACUGUCCACCGGAGAGGGUCGUGAACAACAAAGGUGAUUUCAGAUGGCCCAGAACACUGGCGGGCAUCACAGCGUAUCUCCAGUGUACCCGGAACACCCACAGCAGUGGGAUCUAUCCUGGAAACACACAGGAUGAAAGGAAGGCAUGGCGCAGAUGCGACAGAGGUGGCUUCUGGGCAGACGAUGAUUAUUCUCGGUGCCAGUAUGCAAAUGAUGUCACUAGAGUUCUGUAUAUGUUUAAUCAGAUGCCCCUCAAUCUCACAAAUGCGGUAGCUACAGCCCGGCAGCUGCUGGCUUACACUGUGGAGGCCGCCAACUUCUCUGACAAAAUGGAUGUUAUAUUUGUGGCUGAAAUGAUAGAAAAGUUUGGAAGAUUUACCAAAGAGGAAAAAUCAAAAGAACUUGGCGAUGUGAUGGUUGAUGUGGCAAGCAACAUCAUGUUGGCUGAUGAGCGGGUCCUGUGGCUGGCACAGAGGGAAGCAAAGGCCUGCAGUCGGAUUGUCCAGUGCCUGCAGCGCAUUGCCACACAUCGCCUGGCCAGUGGGGCGCAUGUGUACUCCACAUAUUCGCCCAAUAUUGCUCUGGAAGCUUAUGUCAUCAAGGCUGCUGGCUUCACAGGGAUGACCUGCUCCGUGUUCCAGAAAGUGGCUGCCUCCGACCGCGCAGGUCUUUCUGACUAUGGGCGCAGGGACCCGGAUGGAAACCUGGACAAGCAGCUGAGCUUCAAAUGCAAUGUUUCCAGCACCUUCUCAAGCCUGGCCCUGAAGAACACCAUCAUGGAGGCCUCUAUUCAGCUUCCUUCCUCCCUUUUCUCACCAAAACAAAAGCGAGAAGUCCGAGCCCCUGAUGACUCCCUCUAUAAGCUUCAACUCAUUGCCUUCCGUAACGGAAAGCUUUUUCCAGCCACUGGAAAUUCAACAAAGUUGGCAGAUGAUGGCAAGCGGCGGACAGUAGUGACUCCUGUGAUCCUCACAAAAAUAGAUGGUGUGACCGUAGAUACCCACCACAUCCCUGUUAAUGUGACGCUGCGACGGAUCGCCCACGGAGCAGAUGCCGUCGCUGCGCAGUGGGACUUUGACUUGCUGAACGGACAGGGAGGCUGGAAGUCAGAUGGGUGCUGUAUACUCUACUCGGAUGAGAACAUCACCACCAUUCAGUGCGGCUCCCUGGGCAACUAUGCUGUGCUAAUGGAUCUGACUGGGUCAGAGUUGUACACCCCAACAGCCAGUCUCCUGCAUCCUGUGGUUUAUACCACCGCCAUCACUCUCCUCUUAUGUCUCUUGGCCGUUAUCAUCAGUUACAUGUACCACCACAGCUUGAUUCGAAUCAGUCUCAAGAGCUGGCACAUGCUUGUGAACUUGUGCUUUCAUAUUUUCCUGACCUGCGUGGUGUUCAUAGGAGGAAUAACCCAGACCAGAAAUGCCAGCGUCUGUCAAGCAGUUGGGAUUAUUCUUCAUUAUUCUACCCUUGCCACGGUAUUGUGGGUUGGAGUCACUGCUAGAAAUAUCUAUAAACAAGUCACUAAGAAAGCCAAGAGAUGCCAGGAUCCUGAUGAGCCACCUGCUCCACCACGGCCUAUGCUGAGGUUCUACCUGAUUGGUGGUGGGAUCCCCAUCAUAGUGUGUGGUAUCACUGCAGCAGCAAACAUCAAGAACUAUGGCAGCCGGCCCAGUGCACCCUAUUGCUGGAUGGCCUGGGAACCGUCCUUGGGAGCCUUCUACGGACCGGCCAGCUUCAUCACUUUUGUAAACUGUAUGUAUUUUCUAAGCAUAUUUAUUCAGUUGAAAAGACACCCUGAGCGCAAAUAUGAGCUCAAGGAGCCGACAGAAGAGCAGCAGAGAUUGGCAGCCAAUGAAAAUGGUGAAAUAAAUCACCAGGACUCCAUGUCUUUGUCUCUCAUCUCUACAUCCACAUUGGAAAAUGAGCACAGUUUUCAGUCUCAGCUUUUGGGCGCCAGCCUUACUUUGCUUUUGUAUGUCACCUUGUGGAUGUUUGGGGCCAUGGCUGUUUCUCUGUAUUACCCUUUGGACUUGGUUUUUAGCUUCUUCUUUGGAGCCACUUGUUUAAGCUUCAGUGCUUUCAUCAUGGUGCACCAUUGCAUCAACAGGGAGGAUGUGAGACUGGCAUGGAUCAUGCUGUGCUGCCCAGGACGAAGCUCGUACUCAGUGCAAGUCAACGUCCAGCCUCCCAACUCAAGUGCAACUAAUGGAGAGGCCCCAAAGUGCACCAAUAGCAGCGCAGAAUCUUCAUGCACAAACAAAAGCGCAUCGAGCUUCAAAAACUCUUCCCAGGGCUGCAAGCUAACAAACUUGCAGGCUGCUGCGGCACAGUACCACAGCAAUGCCCUACCUGUGAAUGCCACCCCGCAGCUUGAUAACAGUCUGACAGAACACUCAAUGGACAACGAUAUUAAAAUGCAUGUGGCUCCUUUAGAUGUGCAGUUUCGAACAAACGUGCACCCAAGCCGCCAUCACAAAAACCGAAGCAAAGGACACCGGGCCAGCAGACUCACAGUACUGCGAGAGUACGCCUAUGAUGUCCCAACGAGCGUGGAAGGGAGCGUACAGAAUGGCCUACCUAAGAGCCGGCCAGGCUGCAAUGAAGGACAUUCGAGGAGUAGGAGAGCUUAUUUAGCCUAUCGAGAGAGACAGUAUAACCCACCCCAACAAGACAGCAGUGAUGCUUGUAGCACACUUCCCAAAAGUAGCCGAAAUGUUGAAAAGCCUGUUUCAACAAGUAGUAAGAAAGAUGCACCAAGGAAGCCAGCUGCAGCCGAUCUUGAAAGUCAACAGAAAUCUUAUGGCCUGAACUUAGCUGUUCAGAAUGGACCGGUUAAAAGCAGUGGGCAGGAAGGACCCUUGCUAGCUACCGAUGUUACUGGUAAUGUUAGGACUGGGUUAUGGAAACAUGAAACAACUGUGUAGCAUUGCAGGGGCUUCCAAGACAGAAGGCGAAACUGUGAUACUCACAUUCCUUUAAGCUAUGAACUCUUAGAGACAAACUGUUUACAGCCACCUUAGGGAUACAAAACAGUUCUGAAUAUUCUUCUGAGCUUUGGGACUUACUAAUUUUAUAUUCCUAAAUUGUUCCCCCCAGAGUUAAAAAAAAAAGUUUUAAAACAUUGUUUUACUUGUCAAAGAACCAAUAAGAUAUUUUGGAAGUUGAGAAUAUAAUUUCUUAGAAUCUGUUAUAUCUACUUAACAUUUGAGGCUUGUAUUUAAUAAAAUAAAUAGAAGUU